GUCCACAACAUUCCCAACCAACCAACACGAAUGGAUGAUCAGAUGAUGGAGAUGCAACGCUUGAUGCCUUGUAACUCCCGCCUGGCUGCCUUUAUUAGUUGCCGUUCAUGCCUAUUCGCUGUUUGUCAAAAUUCCCGUGACAAUUGGAUACCACGUAGUAGUGUGGUAAAUGUUCCAUUUAGUCGCUCUGGGACUUGCAAACUUUGUCUCAACCCGCCCAAGUGCUCUAAUGAUGCCAAUAACUGCUCGACUUUUGUGCAGCCGUUUGGUAGGGAGGAUGGGGAGGAACUUUCUUAUAUUUCCUUCAAUGAAUCCAUUUGCGAAAUGUGCAUGUCAGGAGAAGUAAAUGAGGCGAUGUCCUUGCUCUCACAGAUGGAGGCUUUGGGCUCUCGUCCCAAUUUGAAAUCUUACACCCUCUUGAUAACAGCUCUCGGAAAUGUUGGCAGGACCUUGGAAGCUGAUGCUAUCUUCCAGGAAAUGACGAGUCUUGGAUACAGGCCCAGAGUCAAAGCUUUUAAUGUCUUACUUAGAUGUUUCUUGAGAAAAGGCCUGUCUGGGCUCGCUGAUAAGGUUCUACUUACAUUGGAUGACUUGGGAAUACAAAGAAACAGGGAAACCUAUGAAAUUCUUCUCGAGUACCAUGCACGGGCAAAACGUCUGGAGGAUACGUGGUUAGUCAUUGCUGAAAUGAGGAGAGAGGGAUAUCAUCCAAAUUCUUUUGUGUACAGUAAAGUUAUUGAACUUUACAGGGACAAUGGCAUGUGGAGAAAAGCGACAAGCAUUGUUGGAGAGAUACGGGGUAUGGGUUUGUCCCUAGACAGGAAAAUCUAUAACAGCAUAAUUGACACGUUUUGUAAAUAUGGUGAGUUAGGUGAAGCAGUAGAAGUUUUUAAGACAAUGCAGCUGGAGGGUAUAAUGCCGGACAUCACCACCUGGAACUCUUUGAUUCGGUGGCACUGCAAGUUUGGGGAUGUGUCUAAUGCUCUGGAUAUGUUCAUAAGCAUGCAAGAACAAGGCCUGUAUCCUGAUCCAAAGAUUUUCAUUACCAUUAUUUCCCGUUUGGGAGAACAGGGGAAAUGGGAUGUUAUAAAGAAAACUUCUGAGAAUAUCAAGCAUAGAGGGCACCACAGAAGUGGGGCCAUCUACGCUGUUCUGGCUGAUAUUUAUGGGCAAUAUGGGAGAUUUCAGGAUGCAGACAAUUGCAUAAACGCCCUAAGAUCAGAAGGGGUUAAACUUUCAGCAAGUACUUUUUGCAUCAUAGCAAAUGCUUAUGCGCAACAGGGAUUAUGCGAACAGACCAUUAAGGUUCUGCAGCUUAUGGAAGCAGAGGGAAUAGAACUUAACCUUUUAAUGCUAAAUGUGCUGCUCAAUGCAUUUAGCACUGCAGGGAGGCAUUUGGAGGCACUAUCAGUUUUUAACCACAUAAGAGAGAUGGGUUUUUGUCCUGAUGUAGUUACCUACAGCACACUUAUGAAGGCUUUUAUAAGGGCUAAGAAGUUUGAUCAGCUUGCCACUGCAGGCUAA